UUGAAUUUCAACAGGACAGCAUUCCCAAAAAAAAUUUCAAGACAGACAACGUGAGGCAGCAAGGGACAAGAUAAGAUCGUGGAUGAUCCCUGAGCCAACAACUGGAAGCACAGUUUGUGUACAACCUGUUCAGAGGGGUUAGCUGCCAAUGGACUUAAAGUAGACAGCCAAAAACAGGACAGACGCACACGAUGACAGAGAGAAACACAGACAACCUGAUGAGCCACAGGAGACCAACAAUGUGAUUUUUCACCCUGCCAUUAGUCUCUGUCAGCAGCUGUUUUACACUUAUCAGCUUUUAAGUCCAGUUGCUCUACGAAUUCUCAGGAGAGUGGUUUGCAGCAUUCCCUGGCCUGGGAUUCACACAGGAAUGGACAGCAUUGACCCACAGGACGACGAAAGAGGAGACAGGGGGAAAGAGAGCGAUGGAGAGAACGAUAAACAUCUGAAGAACCAGCUCAACUGUGAGGAAAAAGGAGAGAAGGAGAACAAAGGGAACGAGACGGAGAAGAAGAGGCGUUCUGGGUCUCUGUGGAGGAGUGGAUGGGCGCUGAGUGAAAGACUGGCCAUCAAUGUCUCAGGGAUGCGAUACGAGACUCAGCUUCGCACAUUGGCCCAAUUCCCCGACACCUUGCUCGGUGACCCCAGGCGUAGGUCGCGCUACUUUGACCCGCUUCGAAACGAGCUCUUCCUAGACCGAAACCGCGCCUGCUUCGAUGCCAUUCUGUAUUUUUACCAGUCAGGCGGGAGGCUUCGGAGGCCCGCGAACAUACCCCUGGACAUCUUCAUGGACGAGCUGAUGUUCUACGAGCUGGGAGAGGACAUCCUGAACCGCUUCAAGGAGGACGAAGGUUUCCCAAAAGUGGAGGAGCUGCCUCUGCCGUCCAACGAAAUCCAGAAAAGACUGUGGAUGCUGUUUGAGCACCCCGAGUCAUCGUCGGGCGCACGCAUCAUAGCCAUCAUCAGUGUCAUGGUCAUCGUGUUGUCCAUCCUCAUCUUCUGCCUGGAGACACUACCCGACUUCAGGAAUGAGAAGGAGACCCGGGAGGAAUAUUUCUACAAGUACCACUCCCAGGCAAAGAACGUAUCUGAGAACAUGCCUCUGCCACAAAAUGUUUUCCAUGACCCCUUCUUCCUGGUGGAGACCAUCUGCAUAUGCUGGUUCUCCUUCGAGCUCCUCAUGCGCUUCGCUUGCUCUCCCAACAAGAUGCUCUUCUUCAAGGACGUCAUGAACAUCAUCGAUUUCAGCGCCAUCCUGCCCUAUUUCGUCACUCUGGGAACGGAGAUGGCCAAGGACAAUGACGCCACUCCAGCCACGUCUUUGGCCAUCAUCAGAGUCAUCAGGUUAGUGAGGGUGUUCAGGAUCUUCAAGUUGUCUCGCCACUCUAAGGGCCUCCAGAUCCUCGGUCAGACGCUGAAGGCCAGCAUGCGCGAGCUGGGCCUGCUUAUCUUCUUCCUGUUCAUUGGCGUCAUCCUCUUCUCCAGCGCCAUCUACUUUGCUGAGUCUGACCACACCAACACAGACUUUAUCAGUAUACCACACGCCUUCUGGUGGGCGGUUGUCACCAUGACCACAGUGGGCUAUGGUGACAUGUACCCAGAGACAAUGUGGGGUAAGCUGGUGGGCUCAAUGUGCGCCAUUGCCGGUGUGCUCACCAUCUCGCUGCCAGUGCCCGUCAUAGUGUCCAACUUCAGCUACUUCUACCAUCGUGAGACCGAAUGUGAGGAUCACACCGAGUACACCCACAUCCAGACGGGUAUGUGGGAGGACGAGGGGCCGGAAGGAGAGGAAACAGAGGAAGGGGAUAGAGAUCCAGAGGGAGAUUAUUACGCCGUUGAAGGCAGCUGCAACCCGCUGAAUGGGACUCUGCUGGGUGGACUGUGUUCAGGGCAGAGCGCAGAGUUCAGAGGAGGAAGCACGUAUCUGGGGGGUACCACUGGUUACUCAAGUGUAGUGAGGGUGAGAGUUGUUUUGUACCAUUUGAUAAAGACACAGUAGGAAAAAAUGAAUGAAAAAGCAGAAUGAAUGAAAUUAGAAAAAGGAAACUGGAAAGUAAAACCAUAAAUAUGACACUAAUGUGCCUACUAAAUACUUUUUAUUGCCUCUUCUUGUUCAUUUUUAGAUAUUUAUUACAGCACCAGCCAAAUGUCACUAAAAGGCAACUUUUGUAUAAUAUACAUUUUAAAAAAGCGAGAAAAAGACGGUGAGUUUUACAUUCUCAGGGUCUUGAUAUAAAUAUAUGAGCUGUUAUUUAUUAAUGCUACCAGAGUGCGUGUUUGAAAAUGACUUUUUUGAAUGUUCCGUGCCUUGAAACUAUGAUGUCUUAGUACUGUCACUUUUUAGACUUAAUGUUUGAAGUGGAAGCAGAUAGAUUAUUAGCAAUAUCAUGUGUCAUCAAAACUCAACCAAACAGCAGCAGAGCUGUCGCUGCAGACAGAUCUCUCGUAAACCAACCCCCACAUUCUCAGCAUUCUCCUGUAAGUAAAGUUCACAUUUGUGUAGUUUUGGCUUAUGUGACCUGAAGCGACUGACGUGACCUUUAUCGUGCUGUAAUACAACACUGAUGCAUUACUUAAAGAGGAACGUUUUCAUUGCUAUAACACAAGUUCUGCAUUUUCCUGCUUAAUUAUGCACUCAGUGUUUUUAAUAAAGAUUCUAUUUUA